AUGGUGGGUCUCACUGAGAGCUAUUCAACCGCAAGAUGGGCCAAAGGAUGGUGGUUUCAAAGCCUUUUAAAGGCACCUCCAUCACCAUCUUCCUUCCCAGAGGAAUUGGGUACUGGCAGCAGAACAAAGCGUGAGAAACGUUUCAAUAUCAAUUCAUCCGCUGGACGAUGUACUCCGUACUACGUACGCGUGCCUACUCGUAGACCGCACUGCUCUCCAAGCUCUCCUUCGCCAUCAUCUCGGACCAUAGCCACCAUCCAGUGUUUGAAAUUAACAGAGACCUAUCCACCUCGAUCAUGGACCCAAACCAAUGGCCACCACGCACCGCGAGCCCCGAACCCUCAUUUCCAGAACCCUCCUCUGUAA